GCGGGACGGUAGGAUGGUGUUCUCGUCCUUCUAGUAAGGUUUUAACUCGUUGCUUUAUUUCUCACUGCUUGGUGCGGCUGUGCUCCGAGUAGAAUCCACCGUCACGAUUCCGCCACCCGCCUUUUGCCGGGCAACCUUCGCCGUCCAACCGACGCUGGGAACCGCGAUGGACCCCGCCGGCGCGCUGCCGCCGAUGAACCCCCGCUUCGGGCAGAUCCCCUUCCCCACACCCCGUGGGGGCGGAGGAGGCGGCGCCUCCCACCACCGACGGGCCCUAUCCGAGACCUUCGUCCGCCUCCCCGACGACCUCCUCUUCGACUCCGACCCCGACUUCGAGAUCCCCGACAUCGACUUUUCUUCGCUCUCCGACGAUAACUUCUCCGGCGAUAACGGAGCGCCGAUCGCGGCGGAGCCCGCGAGGGCGGCAACGUCGGCUGCGGUUGCAGCUGCGGGCACGGGGAGACCCGUCCCCGGGGCCCACCUCAGGAGCCUGUCUGUGGAUGCCGCGUUCUUCGAGGGGCUGUCGUUCCAGGACGCGGUGCCGGAGGGGAGGGGGCACCACCGGAGAAGCGGGUCGAUGGACGGGCCGACCUCUUCGUUGAAGGGUGAGUCGGCGCCGCCGCUGUCGGAUUUCGCCAAGAAGACGAUGCCGUCUGAGAAACUCGCCGAGCUGGCCCUGAUCGAUCCCAAGCGUGCAAAAAGGAUUCUUGCAAAUAGGCAAUCCGCUGCUCGUUCCAAGGAGAGGAAGAUCCACUAUACAAGCGAACUUGAGCGGAAAGUUGAGACACUCCAAACAGAGGCAACCUCUCUAUCAGCGCAGCUUACACUUCUGCAGAAAGAUGGUACUGGUUUGACAGCUGAGAACAGGGAACUCAAGUUGCGAUUGCAGGCUAUGGAACAACAAGCUAAACUUCGUGAGGCACUCAGUGAAACUUUACGAGAAGAAGUCGAGCGGCUUAAGAAAGCAACGCGACAACUUUCAAGCGUAAAUCAAUACCCUGACAACAUUCUGAUUCAGCAGAGCGUACAAAACUACUACACUCACCAUCAGCAGCUGCCUCACCCAAGUAAUCAGGCUCAACAUCUCCGCUCUUCUCCGGCACAAGAUUCAUCAGACGAUAAAUCAUGCUUAAGUGAUCCAAUGGACUUCAUGUGACAAAUGGAUCGGUCAUAAGUUCAUUUGCGAAUGCUUUUCCGCAAAGGUAAAUUAUAUAGUUCGUUUGUACUCUUUGUAUCUUCAUGUACUUUGGGUAACCUGUUGUUCAUCUCGUAAUCGUGUGUUGUAAAGUCAUCAACUCAUGAAAGGAUGCAUAAAUCAGAUGUAUGAAAGCAACUUGUACCUUUUUUAUGUUAGAGUAUUGGAAAUGAUAAAUUUCAUCAAGAUUUCAUGUG